AUGGAUGCUAUCAAGCAAACCUUCCAGCGCUGCAAAGCGCAAAACAAGGUCAGCUCCGUUCUUUCCCACCCCUCGCCAAGGCUUGCUUGCUUCAUCGCGGGGCAUGACAUUGGCGGCGUAUCUAUUACUGACACGAUGCUCAUACAACAGGCUGCACUUGUGACAUAUGUCACAGCAGGCUUUCCCCAGCCUCAAGACACCCCGGAUAUUCUGUUGUCCAUGGAGAAAGGCGGCUCCGAUAUUAUUGAGCUCGGUGUUCCUUUUACAGAUCCAAUUGCAGAUGGACCGACCAUUCAGACUGCCAAUACAGUUGCCCUUGAGCACGGGGUCUCUAUUGAGACAACACUUUCCAUGAUAAAAACUGCACGUGGACGAGGCUUGCGGGCGCCAGUGCUUCUUAUGGGAUACUACAACCCCUUGUUGCGGUAUGGUGAAGAACGCUUGUUACGGGAUUGCCAAGCAACUGGCGUCAAUGGCUUCAUUGUUGUCGACCUACCACCGGAAGAGGCCGUCUCCUUCAGAAAGCUUUGCACUAAGGGGAGCCUCUCGUACGUCCCGCUUAUCGCUCCCGCAACAUCUGAUGCAAGGAUGAAGAUUCUGUGUCAGCUGGCUGACUCUUUCAUUUAUGUUGUAUCACGGCAGGGCGUUACCGGAGCCUCAGGGUCACUGAAUGCCAACUUACCUGCUCUCCUUGAACGUGUGAAAAAGUACAGUGGGAACAAGCCUGCCGCUGUUGGCUUCGGUGUUAGCACGCGUGACCAUUUUCUUAGUGUUGCCAACAUUGCCGACGGAGUUGUUGUUGGAAGUCAGAUUGUUACCACGUUGCAGAGAGCUGCCCCUGGCCAAGGUCCAAGUGACGUAGAAGAAUACUGCGCGUACCUGUGCGGAAGAGGUGCUCUGCCACAAGAUGAUGCAACACGAGAGGUUGGAGUCGUCGAGGCAAUUAGUGGUGCCAGGGGUCCAAGUGGAGAUAAUGUGACAGUUAACGCUGUUGUGACUGACCAAGAUCGACUUACAGCCGAGCAAGACAGCGAUCUGGUGUCGCAACUUGCAGCCCUUCAUGGCAAGAUUCCCGACAGAUUUGGCGAAUUCGGCGGUCAAUAUGUUCCCGAGAGUUUGAUGGAUUGCCUGUCCCAGCUGGAAGAGGGAUUCAAUAAAAUAAAGGAUGAUCCUGAAUUCUGGGCAGAGUACAGAUCCUACUACGACUACAUGGGGCGACCAUCACGGCUCCAUUUGGCCGAAAGACUAACUGAGCACGCUGGCGGUGCCAACAUCUGGCUUAAAAGGGAGGACCUAAACCAUACUGGCAGCCACAAGAUCAACAACGCUUUGGGUCAAUUGCUACUGGCGAAGCGUUUAGGCAAGACCAAGAUUAUUGCAGAGACAGGGGCUGGCCAACAUGGUGUUGCAACAGCAACGAUUUGUGCCAAAUUUGGCAUGGAGUGCACGGUAUACAUGGGAGCGGAGGAUGUCCGUCGCCAAGCUCUCAAUGUCUUUCGUAUGCGAUUGCUGGGAGCAAAGGUUGUCGCUGUAGAAGCUGGCAGCAAGACUCUUCGGGAUGCGGUGAACGAAGCCCUCCGAGCAUGGGUUAUCGAACUUGAUACCACUCACUACAUCAUAGGCUCUGCAAUUGGGCCUCAUCCAUUCCCGACCAUCGUCAGAACCUUUCAAUCCGUGAUCGGUAACGAAACUAAGAAGCAAAUGAUGGAGAAGCGCCAAAAGCUACCUGACGCAGUGGUCGCCUGUGUGGGGGGUGGCAGCAAUGCUGUCGGCAUGUUUUAUCCUUUUUCCAACGAUCCCACUGUCAAACUGCUCGGGGUUGAAGCUGGUGGUGACGGUGUCGACACAGAAAGACACAGCGCCACCUUGACCGGAGGAUCCAAGGGCGUCCUUCAUGGAGUGCGUACAUAUGUCCUUCAGGAUAAUAACGGUCAGAUUUCUGAGACCCAUUCCGUAUCGGCUGGCCUUGACUAUCCAGGAGUCGGCCCUGAACUCAGUUCUUGGAAAGAUAACGAGAGGGCCAAGUUUAUUGCUGCUACAGAUGCACAAGCCUUCCAUGCCUUCCGGCUGAUGAGCCAACUGGAAGGUAUUAUCCCAGCACUUGAGUCAGCUCAUGGAAUUUACGGUGCCAUCGAACUAGCCAAAACUAUGAAGAAGGAUGAAGAUCUCGUUAUUUGUCUGAGCGGUCGUGGCGAUAAGGAUGUGCAAAGUGUGGCUGAGGAACUUCCUAGACUUGGUCCGCAGAUUGGCUGGGAUUUGCGAUUUUAA